AACGUCAAUGUCAAAUUUUUUUCCGUGUCCAUCAUCUGAUUCGAUUAAUUUGUAAAUAAAUAGGACUAAUUGAUUUUAAAUUAAGGUUGUUAGUCCGAUUUAAAAUCCGUCAAUUUAUUCGAUAGUUUUUCAAUUAAACGUCCUCGAAACCUCCCGAAAUAUUGCUGCUACGAAAUCAAUAAAAGGUCAGGCAGUGUGUGUCCACUCCUCUGUUAUGACCUCUGGUCAAUAAAUUAAUGCCAAAGCCCCCCAGAAUGGACGGUGGAGAUAAAGGAGAACACUCGCGCAAAAACGACUCCACCGACGACGACGAAAAACCGUUGAAAAAAGCGCGAUUUUUAUGGGAGGUAAAAGGGAAACACCACUUGAAAAAGUCUCAAAGUGAUCUUAACCAUAAUGAAGCCACUGGUAGUAGGGAGGAAGUUGGUGAGGAGGAAGAGGCUUGUAUGGGAAGCCCCGACACACGAAGUAGUGGUACCCAAGAAUCUCCUAGUUUAUCAUCGUUCAACUGUCACAGAGAUUGCUGUGUUAAAUCAUUCUUAGCAAAGACUGAGGACCUUAUGGAUCGUUAUACAUCCGAUGAGGACCACUCCGAUAAACUUCCAUUGGAAAACAGCAUUGAAAAUGAGAUUCCUGCUGCUCUAGUUUCGGCCGGACAGCAUAUGAAUCAAGACCAUUAUUUCAGUGAAUGGCAGGCCAGGCAAAUAGCGAGGGGUUUCGUCGAUAACACUAUAAACAGGAUGCUCGAAAACUUGGCAGGGCAUCCGUUUGAGGCCUCAAUUUUAAUAAAUAAUCAAGAGAGUGACGGGCAGGUGGAGGACGAUGCAAUUUUAAUGGCCAUACAGUCUCACGGUUUACAGUCGGGAGGUAGCAGGGAUUAUACGAGUGAGAGUCCUAAUUAUGAGGCUGUGGGGUUGCCGGGCAGUAGUCGGGCUUAUCCAGAGAUGAAUGAUGUGGAAUAUUCGAAUUUCCAAGACUCCAACGUCGAUAAUAUGGAAAAUCUUCAAAAGGAGCAAGAAAUUGAAAAUUCUUCAGACUCAAGGGCCUACGAAUGUGAAGUGGAUUUGAACGACCCGAUGGACUUUUUAAAUGCGGCAGUUUCGGUGGCCAUACAAAAAAAAGGCCUCACUUACGGUUGAUUUUCGUGAACGUGUGUAUAAUAAUAAAUAAAACGUCUCGUAAUAGUUUUUUCAUCGUUUGCAAAGAUUGAAAUGGAACUUCGGUGUCCAGGAAAAAAAGUAUUAAACCGUUUCAGUACUGAGCAAACGCACAACAGUCUGAAUGAAUUUUAUAUUAUUGUAUUAUUUUUUAUUAUAAUGUACUUUUGCUAGUUUUUAGACUAUAUUGUUGGCCAAAUAAAGUAGUUUUUCUUUCUACUAAA